GUUCAGCUGAGACUCAGAGAGAGAAACACUUUCUGCAGGCAUGGCGCCCGCUAGUGACCUCCCAGGCGUGCCUGCCACACUUGCAAAUCAGUUGCAGCAGAACAAUCAAGAGCACAUUCUCGAUCAUCUUUCAGAGUUCGAGCCCCCGCAUCAACAAGAGCUGAUUCAGCAGCUGGAGGGCAUUGAUCUUGUAAAGUUGGCCCAGAUCUUCCAGGAGUCCAUCGCUCCUGCACUACGAGCUGAACAUAGCAAUCAGACGGGAAGCUCACAAGAAGUUGCAGAGAUACAGCCUGUCAAGAAUGUGAGCACAAUCAGUGGACGUACAGAUGCGGAGAAGGAAAGAUGGAACAAGCUUGGGUUGGAAGCGAUCGCAAAAGGAGAGGUAGCUAUCUUGCUGCUAGCGGGGGGUCAGGGGACACGUUUGGGAAGCGACGCCCCCAAGGGGUGUUUCAACAUUGGGCUGCCUAGCAGCAAAAGCCUGUUUCAGCUGCAAGCAGAGCGGAUACGGCGCUUGCAAGAGCUGGCCACUGGUGGUGGCGAGAAACGUGCCACCAUUCCUUGGUAUAUUCUAACCAGCCCCUUCACGCACCAGCCGUCCCAGGCGUUCUUCAAGGAGCACAACUACUUUGGUCUGCCAGCUGAUCAGGUCAUCUUCUUCCAGCAAGGCACCCUCCCUUGCCUCGACCGCACUGGCCGCCUCAUCCUCGCCACCCCCUCCACGCUCGCCACUGCCCCCGAUGGAAACGGGGGGGUCUUCCUUGCCCUCAAAUCCUCCGGCUGUCUCGCCGACAUCUCUCGUCGGGGGGUCAGAUACAUCGAUUGCUUUUCAGUCGACAAUGCGCUGGUCAGAGUGGCAGAGCCAACUUGGAUCGGACACUGUAUAGAACGGGGGGCAGCAGCCGGGGCUCGGGUGCUUAGGAAGGCGCACCCCCAGGAAAAAGUGGGCGUGUUUGUGCAACGUGGCGAGGGGGGCCCAGUCGAGGUGGUGGAGUAUAGUGAGAUGGAGCCAGCACAGGUGGCGGCGACGGACCCAGAGACGGAGGAGCUGCGGUUCUCCUGGAGCAACAUUUGCAUGCACUUCUUCACGACGGCCUUCCUGGCGCAAGCUGCGGCCGCGCUCGAGCAGAGCCGCAACUACCACGUGGCCUUCAAGAGCAUUCCCUCAAUCACCGGGCCUACUCCGGGAUGCAAGUUGGAGCAGUUCAUCUUUGACGUGUUUCCGUUGGCGGGGCAGGAGGUCGCCCUUCUCGAGGUUGCACGAAGCGAGGAGUUCUCCCCGGUGAAGAACGCACCCGGUUCUCCUUCAGACUCGCCAGACACGGCACGUGCCCACGUGCUAACGCUGCAUAAGCGAUGGGUGGAAGCGGCGGGCGGCCAAGUUGAUGUGCAGCCCGGAACUGAUGCGUCGGGAGUCGAGGUGUCCCCUCUUAUAUCGUAUGCUGGAGAAGGGUUGGCAGAGUUGGUAGCGGGUCGUAGUUUUGUUGCCGGCAGGGAGAUCAUAUGAAUGAUGCAUGAGAUGGUAUCUGAGUUUCAAACAUUAAGUUGAGCUUCUGAAGUUGAGAUAUUGAAGCAUCUCAAUUAAUAGUUGAGGGCAAGCUGGCAGUGCUACGUGAAAUAAAGCUAAAGCAGCGGGUGCAGAUAAAGUCAAAGAUGAGUAUAAUAACGGCAAACAUCAAGUUCGUCAUGGUUUUGAUCCUGCCUGUAGCGCGCAUCGCCGUCAAGCAUCUUACAACAACAAAAGCACUAGACCUUACGAACC